AGUGUCUCUAUACUUUCUCCCGUCAUUUAUAAAGUUUGGCUCGUAUUUGCUGCUUGUUCAGUUGUUCCCUUCAAUACGUGCCGACAAACAUUAUCUAGCAAGUAUUACAAAAGUAGUUGGAACUUAUUCUUUGAAUAGUUCCUGGAGAAUCGAUCUACGUGUUACCUGCUGACAUUGAAUCAAUAACCUUUGCAUUAAUCAGGGGUUGGAACCGGUGUAACUUUGAGAUAUGCAGUGUCAAAAUAAUCGCUGGAUUGCGGGCUUUCUUAUCGCAGUGCUUAUGCAAGCUUGCUUGUUAGUGAUCGUAAACACCAAAGAUGCUACAAGGAAAAAGGUCACUCCAUCGCACGCAGAAGGACAAAAAAAGGAGCCUUCAGAUUUAGAAGGUUCAGAGACUUCGUAUUUCAGUACGUUUGCGGUUCAUAAAAAUUCCUUUGGCACUUAUCAUCCUACCGUUUACUAUUCGACAAAUCCGUUGUCGUACUUUCCGCCUUCGUCAAAUUUCCCCACCGCCACCUUUUCUUUCACCCAAAACAGCGAUAAUAUUCAUCAACAAAUUAAAUGCGGCGAUAAUUUUCCUCGAGUUUGUCAAAACUCGCGGUAUCGAAGCUACGAUGGUUCCUGCAAUAAUCUUCAACAUCCUACCUGGGGUCUGGCCAAUACAAGAUACGGAAGAUUACUACGUCCACGUUACAGUGAUGGUAUUCGAGCACCAACGAAAUCGAUCACCGGUGCAGAUCUGCCAUUAGCUCGAUCCGUCAGUUUCACGAUGUUUCCUAACGCCAAUGUCGAUGACGUAACAUGGACCUUGCUAGCGAUGCAAUACGGACAGAUCAUAACACACGACAUGGGCUUGAUCGACGGCACCACUCAAUCGAAAUCACAUCGCACGCGAUGUUGCACGUUCGACGGUCAGCUGGCACCGCACUGGGCGACGUUACCGAAAUGCUUCCCGAUACUCAUACCUAAUGACGACCCAGUGUAUGACAAAACUCCCAUACAGUGCAUGAACUUUGUCCGUAGUACGACCGAUCUUGAUCGUGGCUGUUCAUCUCCGUACAAGCAGAACAUGCCGGCAGAACAGUUGAACACCGUUACUCAUUAUUUGGACCUUUCUCUCGUCUACGGACCUAGCGACCAAAUCGCGGCUAGUCUGCGAGCCGGUUUCGGCGGACGACUAAAUAUUGAAUUGAAAAAUAACAGAGAAUUUCCACCAUCGGUAUCUAAUAAAUCAGCCACUUGCGACACGAUAUAUGAUUUCGAGUCAUGCUACGCUACCGGUGAUUCGCGAACUAAUCAGAACCCACAACUGACAAUUCUACAGAUUAUAUUGCUCAGAGAACAUAAUCGCGUUGCCGAUUAUCUGGCGCAAUUAAAUCCUUCCUGGACCGAUGAAACGAUAUUUCAAGAAACACGUCGAAUCGUGAUCGCCGAACAUCAAAACAUUGCAUAUUACGAGUGGCUGCCAAUUUUCUUAGGUACUGCCCAACUCUAUGAGAACAAAAUCUUGUAUGAUACCAAGAAUUACAUAAAUGAUUAUGACGAAACAGUCAUUGCUAACACUCUGAACGAACACGCAAAUGCAGCUAAUAGAUAUUUCCAUACGAAUAUUGUCGGCCAUCUAAACUUAGUGACGGAAGGUCGACAAUAUUCCCCCUUCUCUAGUCUAAGAUUGAGCGAUUACUUCAACAGACCUGGUAUCAUAGAAAAGGGCAAUAAUCUGGAUGACUUGACCAGAGGUUUGGCCUAUCAACCACAAAGUUAUACCGAUGUAUUUUUCGACAAAGAGAUCACGCAAUACUUAUUCCGAAGAGGAAGAACUUUCGGAUCUGACUUGCGAGCGAUAGAUAUACAAAGGGAUCGCGAUCACGGAAUCGCUUCUUACAACGAUUAUCGCGAAUAUUGCGGAUUACCACGAGCGAAAAUUUUUAACGAUUUUGCCGACCUUAUAUCUCUUUCGGAUAUACAAAAACUUUCGUUAUUAUAUGCUAGUCCGGAUGAUAUCGAGUUGACUGUCGGCGGAUCUUUGGAAAGGCACGUAAGCCAAACGUUGGUGGGUCCAACGUAUUUGUGCAUCAUGUUGAAACAGUUUCAACAAACGCGAAUUGGUGAUCGCUACUGGUUCGAGACAGGCGAUCCGAAAAUAGCAUUUACAUUAGAACAAUUGAACGAGUUACGUAAAUCAAGUAUGUCGCGACUACUCUGCGACAAUGGAGACAAUAUCCAAAAUAUGCAAAGACAUGGAUUCGCCCAAAUCUCCGAGUUGAAUCCACUCCUGAGAUGCGAUGAUCUCCCACAAAUAGAUCUUUCUUUUUGGAAGGAUUAUAAUUUGGAGACUCAGGCAUAUCAAGAUAGCAAUAUUAUACCGCUGUAUAAAAGGAAAUAAGUAAAUUUCUACAAAUUAAAAA